UUUAAAGACCAGAUAAACCUCCAGGGCUCUCCCCUCCCCUGGAACUUAUCAAACCUUCAAAAUAGUAGGGAAAUGCAGCAAGCCCGCAGAGAUGAUGUCAUUUCCAGGAAGGGAAAAAACCCACGCUUGCUGGAAAAACGAAAGUCAGGUUGUGCGACCUUCUGUGGGAGGCGAGGCGGCCAUGGCUGCAGCGGGGAAUCCCGUCCAGGAGCUCUCCGAAGAAGUCACUUGUCCGAUCUGCCUGGAGUACUUCCAGGAUCCGGCGACGGUUGCAGAAUGCGGGCACAAUUUCUGCCGCGCCUGCCUGACCCGGAGCUGGGCGGCUUCGGCUGGAGAGCCUUCCUGCCCUGUGUGCAAACAAACCGCGCAGCCGAGGAGCCUCCGCCUGAAUCGGCAGCUGGCAAAUGUGGUGGAAAUAGCCAAGAAACUCAGCCUGCGGGAGAGAAAGUGGAGAGAAGCAACGAAGGGAGAGGAAGCCGAGGAGAGACGCUGUGAGAAACACCGGGAGCCCCUGAAACUUUUCUGCCGACAUGACGGGAUCCUCAUCUGCACGGUCUGUGAUAGAGCCAAGGAGCACAAAUCCCACGAGGUGGUUCCUGCUGAGGAAGCCUCCCAGGAAUACAAGGACAAGAUCUUCAACUGGCUGGAGACUUUGAGGACGGAGAAAGAGAAAGUUCUGCUAUAUUUAGCAGAUGCUGAAGAUGAAAGCCAAGAAGUGCUUAAAAUAAUGGAAUCAGAGAGGCAAAAGACAGCGGCUGAGUUCAGAACACUACGCCGGUUGCUGACAGAACGAGAAAACCAUCUGCUGUCCCAGAUAGAAGAGGUGGAGAAGGAGAUAGCCAGAAAAAGGGACGAGCACCUGGCCAAACUCUCUGAGGAACUCUCCUCUCUUGACAGCCUCAUCCGGGAGAUGGAGCAGAAGCACCAGCAGCCAGCGAGUGAACUCCUGCAGGAUGUCAGAAGUACCUUGCAGAGGUGUGAGAAGAAACAGAACUUUGCAAAUCCAGAGGUUUUUUCUGUGGAACUGAAAAGGAGGAUCAAGGGCUUCUGUGACAUUGGUCCUUUCCUGGCAGAUGUCACAAAGCAAUUCAAAGGCAAUAACGAAUGGCUGCAGGGAUUUCAGAUGGGACAGUGCAUCAAAUAAGAAGGUGGACUGCUCAUCACACAAGGAUGCUGGCUGAAAAAGUUAUUCUAUUUCAGUGCUUUUCUCAAAGUUCAUCUUGGAAUCCUAGCUCAGAAACUGAGGUUUAGAAACUUUGGCCCUUUCCGCACACGCACGGAAACGCAUCUCCACCAGCAUGAAGUAUGCCGUUGGAGGCUCAGGGACCGUUCGCACGCUAGCGUGCUUGCAGCCCUGACUUCCCCUGCAGCCGGAGAGGUGGCUCCACGUGGAGCUGCCUCUCGGUGGUCCCCCUCCAC